AUCAAAAAUACAAUAAACACCACGAACCACCCGACUUCUCUGCCCAACUUUCUCUCCGCACGAUCCACCUUGGACUCGGUCAGCUACUAGCACUCAGAAGGUACAAGUUACAAAGCUACCAAACUACCACGUGCCCGUGUACCUUUUUCAAUAACUGACAACUUGGCAGUCCACAAACCCAAAACCACCUCACCGACUACACUCCAAGCGCAUUACAGCAGAAUCUCAAGACAUCUCAAGAUAUAAGCAUCUUUAUUAAAUCAAUAGACUCGAACCAAACAACCUUCAAGAUGGCUUCUGAAAAGGGAACAACAAUGAAGGAGAAGCUUGAGGGUAUGUCAUAUACCCCCCACAUCCUAUGAGACUACACAGAACGUCAAAGUCAAGUUCAAGGCCAAUGGACUAACCCGAUUCUUCUCACAGCUCAAAUCAAGUCUGCCGAUAUGGUAUGUCAAUACACACGAUGCGUUGCUAGACUAGGCUAUGCGACACGUUGAUCAUGAAUGCGACAAGAUCAAGGCUAACAAUAUCAACAGACCGAAGACAUGCAGCAGGAGGCUAUUGAUGUUGGUAUGUUUGCACAAGUCCACUGCGCCUACCUUGGAGACUGACAGCUAUUCAAGCUCAAGCGGGCAUGACAAAAUACACGAUCGAGAAGGUAGCCACAAUACAAUCCCUCAACCAGUCUUUCCUAUCUAACACAUUUCCAGGACAUCGCUCAAUAUAUCAAAAAGCAAUUCGACGAGCGCAAGGGCCCAACAUGGCACUGUAUCGUCGGCCGCAAUUUUGGAUCCUUCGUUACUCACGAGACCAAACACUUCAUCUACUUCUACCUCGGUCACUGCGCUAUCCUCCUCUUCAAGACCCAGUAAACAGAUUUCCCGCCAGGACGAAAAGCUUGACCGAAAACGCACAAAGUCACUUUUUAAACAUGGGCACUGAUAGGAUACGCGACGGGAAUGGACGGUUUGCAGUCGGGAGAAUAAGAGAAUGUAAUGCAUUUCAUCGAUGUAUUUGCAGGGGCGUGAAUGGAUAAUGGUAUGCGAUGGCUUGGAUGUUUACGGCGCGUGUUCAUAAUGCAAGGCAAAUGAAUAUUUGGGACGAGGAUGCGUCGCAAAGA